GUGACAGCUGUCAGAAGUGAGGCCCCGUACCCGACCGUCGCACAUUGCGCAAAACACACACACACACAUAGACACUUCUGGCCGUCACUUUCCGCCACUUCGAUAACAGCGACGUUUUUUUGAAACCCACCCCGCACCCCGCGUAUCACCAAAAUGGCCGCAUGGAGAGCUGCUGGAUUGAACUACAUUAACUACUCCAACAUUGCCGCCCGGCUGCUCCGGAAGGCGCUGAAGCCGGAACUGCGGGCUCAGGCGGUCCGGCGCGAUGACUCGCACAUCAAGUUCACCAAGUGGCAGAACGGCAAGCCGGAAAAUGAGAAAUGAUAAGUGUUCCGCUUCCGUUUGUUUACCCGAUGAACGCGGUCAGGCUAUCACCGAGUAAAGUGUAGAGUCGUUUGGUCGGCAUGCUUGGUGCGGAGAGGGAGAGAUAAAGAGAGAGAGAGAACAUCUUUUAAAGUGCUGCUAGUGAACGAAAUAAAUCAUGUGAAGUCAUCA